UCCCCUUUAACCAUAUUUGCACAGAAAAGAUCCAUCCUAUUUUCUCCAGAUUUCUUCAGCAUCAAUGGCGUCCUCGCCUCCGCCGCUGGAGCGACCGGGCGAGGAGGAGAUCGGCCGGGCGGCGAUGGUCCAGGCGCAGCAGCUGCCGCCGCAGCGGCGGAAGGGGAUCGGGACCAGGGCCUGGCUGAUCUUGUCGGAGCCCGGGGAAUCGCACGUCGAGGAGAUCGAGAAGCACUGCAUCAUGCGCCGGACCGGCCUCCCCGCGCGCGACCUCAGGGUGCUCGAUCCGGUGCUCUCGUACCCGUCCUCGAUCCUCGGCCGGGAGCGGGCGAUCGUCGUGAACCUGGAGCACAUCAAGGCCGUGAUCACCGCCAAGGAGGUCCUGAUGAUCAACACCAACAGUCCUCUGGUUUAUCAGUUCGUCCAAGACCUCCAGCACCGGGUUUCUACCUCCAAUUGCGCGUCUCAACAGGAAGUUGACGGCAUGACAUCGCCUGCUGGUGGGCAUCACAAGACAUUGCCAUUCGAAUUCAGAGCACUGGAAUCUUGUCUUGAAUCUGCUUGCCGGUGCCUUGAAUCAGAGACCAAGACCCUGGAGGAAGAGGCAUAUCCAGCUUUGGAUGAACUAACUUCCAAAAUCAGUACACUCAACCUUGACCGUGUUAGACAAAUAAAGAGUCGUCUAGUGGCCAUCUCUGGCCGAGUACAGAAGGUGAGAGAUGAGCUUGAACAUUUGCUGGAUGACGAUAAUGAUAUGGCUGAGAUGUAUUUGACAGAAAAGCUUCUUGCUCGGUCACUGGAUAAUGCUUCAAUCAGAGAGGAAGUAGACAAUAUCGCUCCUGAAAUAGAUGAUAAAAGGGCUGAAGAUUACAAUCAAGAAGAAGAAUUAGAUUCUGUAGUUUUGACCAGCUACAAGCCUAACAUUGAGGAGCUUGAGAUGCUUUUAGAAGCAUAUUUUGUCCAAAUUGAUGGCAUACUGCAAAAAUUGUCAGAUAUGAACGAUUAUGUGGAUGAUACUGAGGAUUGCAUCAAUAUAAUGUUGGAUGAUAAGCAGAAUCAGCUGCUGCAGAUGGGAGUGAUGCUCUCUACUGCAAACAUGAUCAUAAAUGCGGGCAUCGUGGUGGUCGGAUUGUUCGGCAUGAACAUAGAAAUUAGCCUCUUCAGUGCUCAUUACAUAAAAUUUUGGGAAACUACCAUCGGCACUGUCGGAGGUUGUGUUGCAGUCUACCUGAUAGCUGUUGGGUGGGGUAUGAAAAGAAAGCUUUUGGCCUUAUAGAGCUCCCUUCCUCCUUCAAACGGAAGCUUUCUCUCGAAUACUGUUUUGCACUUGGCAUUUCGUUGUUUCAUUAUCGUCGUAAAUGGCACUGACCGAAAAGCACUGACCGAAGAAUGAACAUACGAGACUGCUUUCUUACGUGUUUUUGGAUUCUUCCGCAA